CUUCCCUUAUACACAAGUACGCCAUUUGUGACAAUAAAGACGCCUGUCAAAGGGUCAUCUAAGUACAACAGUUGUGUUGGAGAAAUAAGAGAAAAGAUAUUGGAAUGAGAGAGAAGACAGUGUAAUGGGAGAAAAGACAUUGUUAUUGAAGGCAAGACAAUAUUAUCUAUAGAUAUUCCUCGUGAUUUCUAGGAAGUGAUUUGUAUUACUAAGGUGAAGAUGACACAAAACAAAGACUGAGUAUACAGCGACAUAAUCCAAAACCAGGUGCUGUUAAAUAGUAUUAAGAUGAAGGGACUGGUUGUGCAAAGUAAAGAAAACAGCAAAAUUCAACUAAUACUACAGCUGUCAGAGCACACAAUUGUGAUCUGUAUAAAGCAUUUCUGAAAAUAUGUGAUUUAUUUGAAACAACCUGUUAACAACCUCUCUUCCUAUCAAAUCAGCAUUGAAAAUCACAGCAUUGCAAUGAAAAAUGUUAGAUUCAGCACAAUUUUAAAAGUUUCAAUACAUUCAACAUCAACAGCAAUCAAUUAAAUAUGGCAAGUGACAAUGAACUCAUUGAUAUUGAUUACAAAGGCCCUGAUACAUCUUCUGUUUCCAAGGUUCCAGCAUCACCAAGACAAGAGAAAGAAUCUAGAAAUAAGAAAGAAUUUGUCUGUUCUCAUUGUAAGAAAGUUUUCAGCCACAAGGGCAACUGGGUACAACAUGUACGGUCCCACACAAAAGAGAGACCUUUUACCUGCAACCUUUGUGGAAUGGCGUACACAAAGUCUUCCCAUCUUCUUCAGCAUAGGAGAACUCAUAAAGGCAUUACCAGGGAGGAUAAUAAAGUUACAAAUCAACUAUAUGAUUGCUAUGUUUGUAACCGCUCUUUCACCUUGUUAAACUCCCUUAAAGUUCAUAUGAGAUCCCACUCAGAUGAACGAACUAUUAGCUGUCAUUUAUGCGAUAAAAAAUUCCGACAUAAAUCGACUUUAAUGAGACAUUUAAAGGUGCAUUCUGGAAUAAAGACCCAUUCUUGUGACCUAUGUCAGAAGAGAUUCUAUGAUGGGAGUGACUUGAAAAAACAUAUAAGGGUUCAUACACAAUCUAACAAGGAUAACAAGGGUAGAAACAGAUCAAAUGUUAUAGAAAAGUAUUUUAAAAAGCAUAUUUCUAAGACAAAUGAAGAAAUGAGUGAAAAGAGUAGCCUGUUACAGAGUUUUGAAUCUGUUGAUGAGUUAACUGACACAAAUGGUAUUGGAAAUGGUUCUGCUGAUAUUACCAAUGAUAUUAAAGAUGAGGGUAGUCUUGUUAAUGAAGAUAACAUAUUAAACACAAAUGAUGAUCUAAAUGCUGCUGACAUGGAUGCUGUUGGAAAUGGAUCAGAUGAUAGACUUAAAGAUAUUAAAAGUGAGGGUAGUCUGGUUAAUGAAGAUAGCAUAUUGAAUUCAUAUACAAAUGAUGGUUUUAAUAGAGAUACACUAAAGACCUCAAAUUCACAAAUUAAAACAGAACCAGGACAUAGUAUUGAAUAUGUUACAGAGAGAAAUGUUCCUCAUGAAACUGGAGUGUCAUGUACAAAGAGACAUGCUGAAAAUGUUCAUACAGUGGGUAAUGAGAUGGAGGCAACAUUGAAUAUAAAACAAGGAGACAUACAAGAAAGUGAUCUCAUUGCAAAGCAUUAUGCUAGUGAUACUGAUGACACUUUUGAAAAGGAUAUAAGCAUGUUUGAAAAUGAUACUCCUAUAUCUUUACAUUUGAAUAAAACCAUAGCAUUUCCGGAUUGUAUGAAGAAACUGUAUUAUGAAGAUUAUUUAGAAAUUGGAGACGAGAUUUACAAGGCUUCAGACACUGAUAACAACAUGAGUGGAAAUGAUUUAGGUAGACCUACUGCACAGCAUGAGUCAAGUACACCUACUAAACAACAUGAGAAAGUGGAAGGCUUUAUGUCAGAUGAGAAUAAAGAUGUGGAUGCUGAAGGAAGUGCAAUGAAGAAAGUAUGCGAUGAACCUAUUAUAAUAGAUGAUGAUUCAGGAGACAAUGUAGACAAUUUACAAAAUGAUCAAACAGGAGCCAGUGUUAUUAAUGAAUUCACAAUUGAAAGAACUGACUUUGAAAACAAUCAUUUGCUUAUGAAAUCUUAUGCAACGGAUAGGAAAGAAAGAGUGCAUAGUUUUACUGAUCGGUUAAAUGAUAUUGAAUCAUUUACUUUAGGUAUAGAUUGUGAAAUUCAACUUGAAUCUAAGGUAGUGCAUGCUGUUGUGACUGAUUUAUCAAGUGACUGUGAAGAAAAUGUAGCACAUGAUUUUAAUGUACAGAAUUCUAAAGAUAUGACGUUUGAAGUUAAUAAUUCAAAUGUCAGUGAGAAGUACAAGAAUGUAAGUCCAAAGGAAUUAGCUAAUUUGACAAAGGCAUACUGGGACAUAAAUAAAAAUAGUACCAUUGCAGAGUUACAUAAAAAGAUGUUUAAAAUCUGUCGCAAAAUGAAGAAAAAGGGGUCUAGUGAUAAACGUUGCAUAUCAAAGUACGUUGUGAUUGGACCAAAAAUUCUGAAUAGUAAAAAUGUAAGUUCUUAUCAAGAAGCAAUAAGAAGGGAUGAGAUAUAUUUAGGAACAAGGUUAAAUGUGCAGCCCAGGAAACGCUCAGCUAUUGUGGAAUCGGAUAUUGUUCCAACAAAUAAAAUAUUUAAAAGGAAUGAUCAGUCACAGAAUUUAGAUGAUUCAGAACAUGUCCAACAAAAUAAUGAUGAUAACCAAUCAGACAAAAGUGAAAAGCCUCACAAUAUUGAAAUAGAGGAUGAUCUAAGCCAAAUGAAGAAGCAAUCUUAUAUGAACUGUUCAAAGUUGCAACCAGAUAACACAUCACUUGAAGAAACACCAUUGCUGCAAGCAUCCAAAAAAUUAAGCUCACAACCUGAAAAUACAAAAUUAUUACCAGAGGAAACAGCACUAGUAGAAACACCAUUGCAUAAAUCGGACAAAUUAAGUUCUUCAGAAAAUGCACAGUUAUUACUGGAGAAAACACCACAAGAGGAAAGACCAUUGCUUAAAUCUGACAAAUUCAGCUAUUACCAGAGGAAACAGCACUAUUCUUCAGAAAAUGCACAGUUAUUACUGGAGAAAACACCACCCGAAGAAAGUCCAUUGCUUGAAUCUGACAAAUUAAGUUCUUCGGAAAAUGCAAAGGUACUACCAGAGAAAACACCACAAGAGAAAAGUCCAUUGCUUGAAUCUGACAAAUUAAGCUCUUCUGAAAAUGCAAAGGUACUACCAGAGAAAACACCACAAGAGGAAAGUCAAUUGCUUAAAUCUGACAAAUUAAGUUCUUCGGAAAAUGCAAAGGUACUACCAGAGAAAACACCACAAGAGGAAAGUCCAUUGCUUGAAUCUGACAAAUUAAGCUCUUCUGAAAAUGCAAAGGUACUACCAGAGAAAACACCACAAGAGGAAAGUCUGUUGCUUAUAUCUGACAAAUUAAUCUUUUCUGAAAAUACUAUAGUAGUACUAUGGCCACAGAUUCCACCCCCAGAAAAAACACCACUGCUAUCAACUGACAAAUUACCGUCCUCAUCUGGAAAAACUGAAGUUGCACCUGUUGCUAAAUUGUCGAACAAAAAUAGCAUGACAAAUAGUCAUACUGAAAAGACAAAAAAGAGUAAUUCUCAAGUAAACACUUGCCGACAUUGUCAGGAAGUAUUUAAUGAUCGUUGUUCCUUUCUGAACCAUUUGCGACAGCAUGUAAAAAAUAAAGUGUACACAUGCGAGGAUUGCAAUCAUAGUUUUGACAAGUGGAGAGAUUUUAGUCACCAUAAAUGCAGUAAAUACGAGUAUAUAUGUGCUCAUUGUGACAAAGUCUUUCACAAUGAAAAAAUCCUAACCUGCCACAUGGAAAAGAAGAAAUUUCCAUGCAGUUUCUGUCAAAAAAUUGCUUGCUCUUUAGGAAAAUUGCAUGAGCAUCUAAUUACUCACUAUCAAUUUCAAUGUUCCACAUGUUCAGAGAAAUUUAAAUCACGCCAUGCACUCAAUGUUCAUGGGAGAGAAGACACUUGCUCAUCAGAAAAUCAGGAAAGAAAACUCACUGAGGAAAACAUGCAACAGAUGAAUGAAAGUAAGGUUAAAACGAUGAUUGGAAAACAGUCGGAUGAAGUUAAUAAAGAAGAAAAUGUUAAUAUUGGAGCUAUUGAUAAGGACGAUGAAGAGGUAACCAACAAUGGUGGCACAGAAUCAUUCAAUAUCUGCCAAAAUGGAGAAGUGGUAAUUACAUCACCUGAGAAGAGUAUAACAACAGAAAAUACAAAUGAUAUAACAGAUACUGUAAAACAAUUCAGUUCAUCUUUGGCAGAAUGGCAGAAUCUAGUAUCUGCUAUCAGGGAAGAAAACUCUGAAGCAAAUAAAAAGGAAAUCCCUAAAGGUGUGGAAAACCAUUGUGCAGAAAUUGACGCAGAUGGGGAUAAUAGUGAAGGAAGAAGCGGAAUAUAUAAAGAUAAUGGCAACAAAAAGGAAAUCUCUAAAGAUCUGGAAGAUGAUGAAAACCAAUGUGCAGAAAUUGAUGCAUCUGGGGAUAAUAGUGAAGAAAAAAAGAGAAAAUAUGAAGAUGAUGGAGAUAUUGCUGAUGAUAAAGUAACAUGUGAAACAGGUUAUGAGAAACAGAAUCAUUGUAUGACAAACAGACCAGAUCUAGGACAUGAUUUUGUGUCGGAUAAAAAUAAAAAGAAAUCAACAAUCUCAAAAUUUGUCCAAAGGAAACAUAGAAUUAAAAAAGAUAAGUUCAUUGUGUCAAAUGCAUUAUUUAAGAAAAAGAAUAAAGGCAGUAAGCUUGCUGGUUGGAACAAAAACUUUAAAUCAGUAACAAAGAAGUCAGUGGUUGAAAAAAAGCGGUUGAAAGAAAAUGAAAAUGAAAAAGAUAUCUCUGGAAGUGUACUGACAGAUAAAGAAAAAACAGAUAAAAUGCAUAAAGAAAAGAACAGUUUUAAAUUUAGAAAAAAUGAAAAAAUAAAAGAUAACCCUGAAGAAAGUACAGAUAAAUUGGAAGAAAAAAUGGAUAGUUUUAAAUAUAGAAAAGGUCAAAACAAUUAUAAUAUUGUAGACAUCAAUAAAAACUUUGGUGCCAUAGGUGACAAGGCAAGUAAUAAUGUGAAUAUGAAAGGAGCAAUCAGUCCUAACAUGGUUGGUAAAGAUUUAGACACAGUAGGUUAUAACAGUGAAAGUGAUACAAACAGUGGUGAAUCUGGUGAUGAUAAUAGUGAUGGUUAUACAUCAGUUAGUGGUGAUAUCAAUGGAGAAACUGAUUUAGUAUCUGAUAAUGACAGUGAUGGGUAUGAAGAGUGCACUGUGGAAGAGAUACAAGCAAUGUUAACUGGACAUAACAAGCAAUGA